AUGCCAAGAAAAGAAUCGAAAAUGUCGACCGAACCACCAAAGAAGACAAUGAAGGCCGUGGUCUUUGAUGGACCCAAGAAGGUUUCUGUUCAGGAGAGGCCGAUUCCUGAGUUGCAAGAUCCCAGGGAUAUCAUUGUCAAGGUGCAGAUGACUGCUUUGUGCGGCUCUGAACUCCACACCUACCGCGGCCGCGAAGCCUCCACCCCCGGCUUCAUCAUGGGCCACGAAUUCACCGGCACCGCCCACGCCGUCGGCUCCGCCGUCAAGACCAUCAAAGUAGGUGACAAGAUCGUCGCCCCCUUCACUGUCUCCUGCGGCACCUGCUUCUACUGCGCCCACGGCUUCUCAUCCCGCUGCGCCUCCUCUUUGCUCUUUGGAUCCCCCAAGCUGGACGGCGGUCAAGCCGAGUACGUCCGCAUCCCCCCUCGCCGACGGGACCGCGGUGGUGGCUCCGCCUGA